CUGCGCUGCGCUCCGUCCUCUCAGCAGUUGGAGAGUGAAGGCGAGGAGAGGACAACCACAUAAAUGUCCCCGUUGGACUGCCAGACAUAUCGGUCGGAGUUGAUUUCUCCGGAAAAGAUCCGUUAAGGGAUUUAUUAUUAUCGAUAAAAACUUCACGUUCUAUCGAGGUGUCACUUUUUUUUUUUACUGGAAUAAACAAUGUUAAGUCAACGGUUACACGUUACCUCUUCCUCAGGUGAUUGAAGGAGCAGGCUGUGGUCGCUCGCUGCUUUGACCUUCGUGUAGGGGGGGGACGGGGAGGUGGAUGAUGGCCCCGGCCCUCACCAAAACCCUGAAGGAUGGCCACGGGAUCCACCUGUCCUCGCCUGCCAAUCCGGAGUCUCGCAUGAUGUCGGCCGACGACGGAGACCUCGAGAACAUGUGGCUGAGCUUUUCCCGGUUUCCCCCUCUGGACACGUGUCUCCCCGCGGGCCCCCGGGACGUCCCCGCCGACCCUCUGCUCUCCCCGUGUCCGCAGGCGUCGUCCAACCAGUGCGAGGCGGUGUUCAGCCCCAGCCCCGCCACCCUCCUCGGCCUGCUGUCCUUCAGCAGGGGCCUGCUUGAUUCUCACCAGGUGGGCUGCGUCUUCCCAGGUGUGCCGGACAUGUUUUUAUCCCCCGCCCCCGAGCACAAUAGCCAAGAUCCUCGCCUGCUGCCGGGGCGCCGUAGUGCCCCUCAAUGUGGGCCAGGUGGUGGUGAUGGGCAUCGCCGCUCUCUUGCCUUCACCAGUCUUCCUCCCUCGCCUACACUGACUCUGGGGAAAGUGGCCGCAGUGGGACGGUGUCCUCCGCGGCCCCGCUGCGGCUGCGUGACCUCCGACCGGCCGGCAUCCAGAACCGAGCUGGACGCGGCCGCGCGGGAGCAGCUCCGCAGGCAGGAGCGGCUGCGCGGCCGAGCUCAGAGGCUUCAGAUGCGGCUGCGAGGCCUGCUGGGGGAGCACGCGCUGCUGCACUGCAGCCAGCAGCUGGAGGGGCUGAAGAGCCACCUGCGAGCCGGCGGCUCGACGCUCUCGACGGCGGGUGAGCCCCGAUUUUCUUGGCCGGAGCUCACGGAGUUCAGCAGCUCCGGCGGGGCGAUACUGAGAGGCCUGCAGGGGGCUUUGGACUCCGAAGCCACGGCGAGCAGCUCGGACGAGGACGAGGAUGAUGAUGAUGAGGAGGACGACGAGGAGAUCCACGGAACAUACAAGGCUUCAGCUGUCAGCAGCGGCGGCGGGUGUGAGGGGCGGUGGCUGCGGGAGCGAGCCGAGCUGUGCAGCAGAUGGAGUUGGUUGCUGCUCCGUCUGGCCGAGCUGGAGGGGAGGAUACCGGCGCUGGUGGAGCUGCACAAGCAUAUCCGCUCUACCAAGGGCGGUGUGGUGCUCGCGGAGGCCCAGCCGCUGACCGACGGACAGAUUCAGCAGACCCUGCGGAGAGAACUGUCCGGCCGGUCCUGCUCGGCCUCGGAUGCUGACGCUGAACAUUGCAGCCCGAUGAGCCUCCUUCACAACAUCGAGAGACAGAGUGCUCAGCUGAGCCAGUUUGUCAACAGUCUGCUGACUCCCCUCUGCUUUUCACCGCUAUCUAAACCACCCAAGGGAGGCUUCAGGAGCGAUCGGGAAGGAGACCGCGCGUUUGAGCCCGUAGGCUCUAAGAGAAGGAGGCCGGCCACCAGAAGGCUCUCUAAGAACGUGUCGUACGUGUGCGCCCGGACCCGACCUCUGGUCACCUACCACAAGCCUAAACUGUUCCCCUUCAGCUCCUGCCAGCCCAGCGACCUAAAGGACUCCGGGCGGCCAGCGUCUACCAUCUCCUCUCCUCUCUCGUCGUCCUCCUGUUUGUGUUGCUCGUCUUGGGAUCCUUCGGCCCUGUGCUCCGAUGCAGACUGCUGCUCCAGUCGGGCCCCGUCCUCCAGGACCUCCAGCGCCUCGCUCUCAUCCGACACUCGUUGGCCCCACCGCUCCAAGAGACUCCCGGCCAGAGAAGUGUGGUCCCAAAGGCCUUUGUUCAUCUGUGCCCAGCCAUCCGAUCAAGCGCACGGAUUCAGCUCCACGCCACUGCACAACAGUCGCACAUCCAAGCAGCAUGCGAGGCGUCCCAAAGGAGUUCUGGGUCUGUCGCCUAUCCGGACGGCCGGCUCUGCUCCGAGUCAACACAGGAGAGCCAACCAGAGGAAGAGGAAGAGACAACACAUCCACAGGCCGACAGAAUAUGAAGAAGACGUCCUGUACCAGUUCUGUGACCCAAACACCUCGGAUGAAGCGUUCGAGGAGAGCUACACACAGUUCUCACGCAAGAAGACCUCGCGGGGCUUUAUUCGUAAGCGCCAGGGAGAGAGUGUGUACAGCAUCGACAACAUCGUCAUCCCCAUGGCUCUGGCUAAAGUGGAAAAGCUGCCGUACAAAGACAUCCUGACGCCCAGUUGGCGGGAGAUUGACGCGUCAUCUCUGAUGACCAGGGAGGCAGAGAAGAAUGAGGAGGAGGAGGUGGAGGACCUCGCCAACGAAGUGUUUGCACAGAGACACCUGGACUUGGAGCAGAGGGAGAAAUUACGCUGGUCGUGGGGGAAAAGAAAAUGCUGCGGGCCUCCUAAAAGCAGCAGGUUGUCAGACGGUUGGGGCGGGACGUGCACGUCGGGAGAGGAGAGCUCCGUGGAGUUGGGUUGUGCUCAGGUGGAUUCUGGUGAACAGCAGAGCUCAGAGGAGUGGCUGCCUCAGGCCCCCUGGGAGCCACGAGUGUUCCCUUUGGCACCAGGCAAGGCGGACGCCCUUCUCUCCGAUGAGCUGGGCGGAGCCCUGUCAGAAUGGCCUCAGCGCGGCUGUGCCUCCUCCACGGUGAAAGACUGCAACUCCUGUCCGUCCCCAGCGCUGUCCUCUGGCGCCACGCUGCCCCCUGCUGGACAAAGCUGCAGCAGCACACCCAGCGGCAGCUGAGGCAGCGGGGCCUUCGGGCUCUACAUAUCUCCUCAUGCUGGAACCACGAGGAGAAAAUUCGCCGUGGGAACAUUAAUUAGGAUACUUGAUACAUUCCAGAACAUUUAAUUGAUGAUAUAUGCUGAUUGCUUUAUUGGUGUACUUGUUAAUACUUGAGUAUUAUUAAUAAUAAGCAUAACUACCGUAGCUUCCGCUACACAGGUUUUAAUAUAUAAACGGUGCUGUAUGUAAAGAGAUGUGUACCAGCAUAACCCCACCGUAGUCUCAGGUUUGUAUACUGUUUCUAGUUGACACUUACUAUUUAUUUUCACAGUUGUCUUAAAAAGUCAAUAUAUGAAUACUUUAAAAAAUACGCAUAUUUAUUUACACAACUUUUACUUGAUUUACAUGUACUUUUUGUUUUUAGUAUUUUUUAUCUGUUGAUGCUAUAUUUGGUAUAUAUUUUUAUGAAAUGUAUUAGUAAACAUUUGCCAGCCAGAACAU